UAGGGAAGCAUUAAACAUGGCAACAGCUGAUGAUAUUAUUGAUAUUGCUGAUAUUCUAGGGGUUACUUUUCAGGAUGAUUGUGUUGCUGCAGCUCUAAAGUUUUUUCCUGCAGAAGCGCCAAACGAUACAAAUAUUGACGAGGUUAUCAAAAAAGCUCAGGAGAAUGAUUGUGAACUAAUGGAGAUAAACCUAAAUAAUAUCAAACAUAUUUCAAAACAAAAAUGGGAAACUUUAUUCAACGUGCUGAAGGAUAAUAAUACAGUAGAGGCUGUAUCGGCGGCCAACUGUGACCUGAACGACUCUAUUGUCAAGAUGCUCUGCGACUGCCUGGAGUCGAACAGCACGAUAAAACAGUUAAAUUUGGAAUCCAACUCUGUGACUGGAAAGAUGGUUCUAGAUAUUAUCAAGUCUACAGCUAACACUAAGGGUCUGGAGGAACUAAAGAUUGCCAACCAGUAUAACAACAUGUACUUAGGCUCAGCGAUAGAAUAUGCAUUGGCUGAGAUGAUCCCGAAAUAUCCACAUCUUGUUAAACUUGGAGUUAGACUGGAGUUCAGGGAUUUUAGUUUCAACUGA